GCAGGAGCGAGGUCACGAGUCCAUCUAUACACUUUGUGACAGAAAUGGAGUUACUCUGGGAUAUAUCUGCUUCAAAAAAAAUCCUUCUUUUUGGAUGCACGUGGAAAUAAAUAAUACUUUUUGCAGCACGGAAUCUGUGUUCCUGAUCUUCCGCUGAACAGGUGCGCAAAACUUAAGCUAAUCAACGUAGAGAAGGAAACUUCCAGUUUGGAUAAAUAUGGAUAAACACUGGAUUUAUGCAACUUAAUUCGAAACAUUUUUUCGAAAAACCGAUUUUUGCCAGCACUUAAAAUACACGUGAUUGAAAGAAAAAAAGAAGAAAAAAAAACUUGUCGAGAAGAUACCCGGCCUAAAUACAACCACCAACCCCAGAUGUAGAGUAUGACACCACAACAGAACACACAGAAGCCAUUGAAUUAUACAGAAACUGUCGCGUGGAAUGCAGAUGAAAAUAUAGAAAUGUAUUGAAAGUAAUUGGCUGUACGAUGGAGCGCUUUGAGAAUCAGCGGUUCUUCCUGAGGAUUACUCUUCUCUGCACUUUUCUUUGUGAGUCAAUUUCUUGUUGUGAGAAGAUUCAUUCACACACUGAAGAUGACCUCUUCAAAAAGCUCUUUGAUGGCUACAACAAGUGGUCAAGGCCUGUACCAAACACCUCUGAUGUCGUCAUUGUCAAGUUCGGUUUAUCUAUUGCCCAGCUCAUUGAUGUGGACGAGAAGAAUCAGAUGAUGACAACAAAUGUCUGGCUAAAGCAGGAGUGGAAUGACUAUAAACUACGCUGGAAGCCUUCAGACUAUGACAAUGUGACUUCUAUCAGGGUUCCGUCAGAACUUAUCUGGGUCCCGGAUAUAGUUUUGUACAACAAUGCAGAUGGGGAAUUUGCAGUGACCCAUAUGACCAAAGCCCACCUCUUCCACACAGGUAAAGUGCGCUGGGUUCCACCUGCCAUCUACAAGAGCUCAUGCAGCAUCGAUGUCACCUUCUUCCCCUUUGACCAGCAGAACUGCAAGAUGAAAUUCGGCUCGUGGACUUACGACAAAGCCCAGAUUGAUCUGGAGCGCAUCGAGAACACAGUUGACUUGAAAGAUUACUGGGAGAGCGGCGAGUGGGCCAUCAUCAAUGCUGUUGGCACCUACAACACCAAGAAGUACGACUGCUGCCAUGAGAUCUACCCAGACAUCACCUACUUCUUCAUCAUUCGCCGUCUGCCGCUCUUCUACACCAUAAACCUCAUCAUCCCUUGCCUGCUCAUCUCCUGCCUGACCGUGCUGGUCUUCUACCUCCCGUCAGAUUGUGGUGAAAAGAUCACGCUGUGUAUCUCGGUCCUCCUCUCGCUCACUGUCUUCCUGCUGCUCAUUACAGAAAUCAUCCCCUCCACCUCGCUUGUGAUCCCACUUAUUGGUGAAUAUCUGCUCUUUACUAUGAUCUUCGUCACCUUGUCCAUCGUCAUCACUGUCUUCGUGCUUAACGUCCACCACCGCUCGCCCAGCACUCAUAAGAUGCCCCGUUGGGUUCACUCAGUCUUCUUGGAUUUGAUCCCACGAUGGUUGUUUAUGCGUAGACCUGCACCGGACAGCCGUCGCAGGCAGAAACUCCUCCUCCUGCAGCGGCAGGGCCGAGGAAUGACGUCACGGGUGCCUGGACCUGCAAAUGCAACUCUCAGUACAUCUACUAGCUGGUUUAGAGGGGAGAACUUUGGGGAGGAUGAGUCUCGCAGACGCUUCUGUUAUAAGGACUUAGAACUGGGAACGCUGUCCUCUGCAAUCUCACUUUCACUCCAAACACCUUCGCACUGCCCUCUCAGCUCGACUCCACCUUCUCUACAGAAAUUCGGGCCCUCCUCUAGAUUGGACAUGGGCGUGGCUUCCAGGCAGCCUGGCGGAAGAGUUAAUGUCACAAAGCGGUCUGACAUGACAUCAGACAACCCGGGGUUCCCUCUGUCCCCCACUGUCCUGCAGGCUCUGGAGGGGGUUCACUACAUAGCAGAACACCUGAGAGCAGAAGAUGCUGACUUUAGUGUAAAAGAGGACUGGAAGUAUGUUGCUAUGGUAAUAGACAGAAUCUUCCUAUGGAUGUUCAUCAUAGUUUGUUUGCUGGGCACAAUCGGACUGUUUCUCCCACCCUGGCUCGCAGGCAUGUACUAGAAAACACACUAUUGAGUACAUUAUAUGAACAGUAAGGACUUCUAACUUAUAGGCUUCCAUGGGAAGAACCAGCAUGGGGACACAACACCCCUUCUAGCAGGGAACAUCACACAGUAAGUGCUGAAUUUUCCCCUGCAUGAGGUCAGAUGCAUGUUUGACAUCAGGAAUGUGGCAUCAAAUACCUGAAUUUUUUUUUAUGUCAGAUAUUGAGAGAGCCACAAAUUAAAGAAGCUUGUCUAUGAAAACACUUGUAUUUGAAUGUAUAACCUUGAAUAUUAUUGUCAAAAUUAAAAAUUAAGU